AGGCGUGAAGUACCUUGUCCUGAGCUCGAUGUCAACUCCUUGAAAAGGAAAUCCCCGGGUGAGCGAAAUCCGGCAAAAAAUUGCAAGAGACCGAAGAAAGCAGAGGUUAACUACCUUCCUCCACAUCCAAGUGGAGAAACUAGCAACAGUCUGGAGAUGGAGAGACAGGAACUUCUCAAUGAGGUAAAGAAGAAGAAUAACAACAAGGUGAUUGAAGAAAAAAUGUCUAAAACAUUCUCCAUGCGAAGGCUUGAGGUUGUGAGUGGAACUCCAGCAGCGGCUGACUUCAGAGAACGAUGGCCUGCAUUGUUUUGUGAAGAUGGGAUAAAAGAGGAAUUCCGCAGAAUUACCACAAUUUCCCUGGAGCAGAGCUUCAUCUACAGACUUGAUGCCUACACACCCAAGCUUCUAACCCUGAUGAAGGCCAAGGGGGGUGUAGUGGGGACCAAACUGAGGCCUUUCCUCUUUAAACUGAGUAAGAACCAAAGCAUUGAGAUGAGACGGGAAACUGUUAUCCGCAGCCUCAUUCUGUACCUCGGCGAGGAGGGAGAGCAUCUUUUUGAAGAUUGUCAGGAGGACCACCGCAGUGAUGCUACUGAACACGUCCUGAAGAUCUUGGUCGCCCAUGGUGCUUCUGAAGAGGAUCCAGUUGAUGUGUCCAUCAUUCUUGAAGGCACGGAAGUGUUGCAUGGAUGUGGAAACGUCGCUAAAGCCUGCACAUUAUUGAUGGGACUGAUCUAUGCCCUCAACCUUGCAUACCCCCAAACACUGCAUUACACUUUUGAGGUGUUUCAGAAACUUUUCCUGGAACUGGAUGGGAUGAAGCUGUCCCCAAAAGUACAAGCCUUAAAGUCAAAAUUGCUCUCUUAAACACACACACCACCACC